GUGCAUGCUACGAUGGUCAACCAUAUUGGUACCAUUAACAGCUUAUACACUCUACGAGGACAAGUCGCUGUUGGAAGCUAGGUUUGCCACAAUUGUAACCGCUGUUACAAUAAGUCUAAUGCUGUACCAUCUUUAUGCUGUUAAAUACGUGAUCGCAUCAAAGAGUACAAAGGACCUGCCAUUCCCGAUAAUAGUGUCAGCGCUCUGUGUCACGUUUCUGUGGACGUUGUACGGCAUUGCGAUAAACAAAGUAGCUCUCCAGUGUAUUAAAUAAAAGCAAACAACCUGAUAACUAACCAAGAUGGUUUUAGAGGCAUACCGAGGAGUCCUUGCUACUGCAGCAAGCAGCUUCUUUUGGCCUUUUGCUGGCACCAGCAUUUCUUUGCAUACAAAUAUGGACAAGGGGGUCAUCAAAGGGUUAUUCCGUUUGCUCCACUAAUGGAAUCAAUGGCCAGG